GUUGGAACAUGUCACUCGUCCAUUGCUGUACUACAUUAUACAGUGUAUGACUAAUGGAUCACUUGAUAGUGUUUUUUACGGCUGUUAGUGGCUGGGGCAAAUCAGGUUCUUCCCAGAGGCUAAGGAUCAUGAACAGAACACCAGCUAGUGGGAAUAAGGAAGAUGAUUACGGGAAAUGUGCUGUGGUAGGUUACACUCUCAUUUUUCUACUAUUGUUUUGAUAACAAACUCUUUGGAAGAGGCUUAGUCAGGCGACUUGCCAGGUAGAGAGCUUUUAAUGUAAUCAUACAGAGUGUUUGAGUGGAGAAAGGAAAGCUAAAUAGGCAAUCAUCUGUGUUGACAUUCAUGUUGAGAGAACAUGACUAAACACGAAUUUGCCCCAGGGGAAAUGUGUGUGUGUGUGAGAGAGAGAGAGUGAGAGAGAGAGAGAGAGAGAGAGAGAGAGAGAGAGAGAAAACAACCAUACACAUACAGUAUGAUGCUACAAAAACAGGUAAUUAAUACUAUCUUAUUUGUCUGGCACUGCUAUGAGAGGCCUGUCAGAACUGACUGUUACUGGGCAAAUAAGAGGUGGAGAGGGUAGACUUGAACAUGUUACAGAUGGCGACCCUUGACAGGUUCAGCAGUGGACCCCGUGCUGGACAUGGGUUUUGGAACAUUACAAGUAGACCUGGGAGAUUUAGACUGCUGAAAUUGAUGGGUCCCACAGCGCUACUCUACACUCUUAAACGAAUGUGUUGUCACUAUCUGGACACAGAGAUGUGUUAAAAACAACACAAGUUGUGUUUGUUUCCAACGCAAGUUGUGUUAUUUUCAACACGUACAGUAUUGUGCAACAAAUAACAAAAGCAAUGUAAAUAGUUUUAAGACACUGGAAGGAUGAGGGCUGGAGGAUGAAGAGCAGGAGAGCUUGCACAAUGGGUGACUAACACAGCAUAGACCUGAACAAACCUGUUCAGCCUGCAGACAGAAACAUUCCAUUCUUAGUGGGAGUAACGUCUUGGCAGAGCCUCCCAUGUUGACGUGUGAGUGCUGGUCCAUUUACCCGAUCAAAGCAGGAGAACACAGCAACUCCAACACAGCUGAAACCAACAUCUUCAGAAACCUGAUUAUUGUAUGGAACACUGCUUUCAGAUAGAGUAAAGGACAGCUGCCCAUUAAGAAGGGAAAAUGCGAAAGGGUAACAUAGUUGAUUUGGUCAUCCUUCUUUUGACUUGUCCACAACUUGUUUACACAAGUGCGGUGUCCUUGGACAUAGGUCGGGGCUCCCGUGAUGAGCCCUGCGGUGGAGGUUUGUCCCUGGACUGUUCCAUCAACACCUCUGGGACACCUCAGAGUCUCUUCAUGUCAUGGCUGAGCCUGAAGGAAGAACUGUGUACGAUUAAGGACGGACAAAUCAACCAAGCCAAUAGUACUUUGUGUCAUUAUAACAGCAAGACGCUAACGCUAACAGUCACACUGCUCGCUGCCAGGGCCUUGAGCCAGGAAACAUACUACUGUAAAAUGCGCUCCAACCUGGGCGUCGGUGGCGCCGAAAUCGCUGUGCAACCUCCAGCAGUGUGUGAAGGGCUGUUUCAGCACACCGCUCUGCAGAGUCCACCUAGGGAGGAGUGCGUCUUUUACGACGUGUACCCCGAGGACCAGGUGCUCUGGUUCAGCGACGGUAAAGACCUGACGGUAAACACCUCCUCCACGAGCCUGCGAGGUGCCAACGGACUGUUCAACAUCAGCAGCAUCCUCCCGAGGCAGGAGAACAUGAGCAAUCUGAGCUGCAGGCUAAGCAGGCGGGAGUCAGGCCAUGCAAUCCCAGACAGGCAGGCCAAAGUGGUGCCUACCCCCGCAAUGGCGCCUUCAUCACUCAACAGCAGCAGCAGCAGUGCAGACCUCCACUGGCCUCUGUUCUUCACGGGACUACUAAUGCUCUCACAAGUGGAGUAGGCCAAGAGACAGCUACUGUAGGAAAUCAUAUUGAUUCAAUGGGAGCGUACAGUAUGUAUGUUCCCCAGGUCCUACUGUAUGUUCCCCACUUUUUACGGUACCGGAGAACAUAGGACACUUUUUUUUGGACAUUUUAAAAGGGUCCUAUGUUCCCUGCUUUUCCCAAAAAGGGUCCCCGAUUCAAUGGAAUACUUUCAUACAAAGAGUGGGGUUUGGAUUGGAUUUCAAAAUUUUACCAGAAUGUUUCAAAAAUAGGUCAAAGGUCAACAAAAUUUGUACCUCUUCAGCCCAUGCUUCAUCAAGCCAUCAACAUCAAACCACCGGGACAUUUCCAUAUUUGACAGUGUUUGCCUGCCAUAAGCAAUUGAAAUCAUCUGCAAAGUCAGCUUAAAUCUCCACCAAUCUCUGGUUGCUUUACAUGGACUUAAUGUGUAACUGUAAUGUGUGUUUUUUUUUGUUUUUUUUAAUAAAUAAAUACAUAAAUAAAAAGAAUAAAAAUUUAAAAAGAUGUGUGCACACUCAGAAAAAGUCGACCCCUGUAAUGUCCAUCGCAUAAUUCACACUCUGGAUAUAGCGGUGUGUAUGGGUGUGCUUGUGCUAGCAUGAUUACAUGAGAAGGGAGAAUGACGUGCAACACAAGAGUAUCUAAGAUGGGGAAUGCGAAUGCAUACAUUAAACAUGAAGCAUCUGGAGAUACAAGCCUUCACUAUCUCUAAAUUCACCAUCACUAUCUCUAGACUUAGAAAUCAUUCACCAAUCAUUUGUUUUCUCAGAUGACUUGCUAAAUUGAUUUUACAGAGAUCCAUGCACUCAAACAUUUCCAUAGGGCUCCAUGCAGAGCAAUUGUGGCCUCUACUGGCAGGAAUGGGUUCUCACAGGUAAUGCACCUGUAGAAUCUAUUGUAUGUUGAUGGUACAAUACAUGAAGUCUGGCAUAAAGUUUGUUGUAAUUUAAUAAUAAUGUUGGUAUCUCACCCCUAAAACAGAGUAAUUCAACUAGACAUCUCAAAAAGGUUGAUAGAUAGAUGGAUAUAUAGAUGGAUAGAUAGAUAGAUCGAUAGAUAGAUGGAUCGAUAGAUACCUGUUAGAUAGAUAGAUAGAGAGAUGGCAACAAAUGUAAAAAUACUGUACAUAAAUAUGAAGAGAGAAGAGGAUUUUUUCACCGAUUAUCAUUCAAAUCAUUCAAACAUUACUGAAAUCAAAAUUGUAGGGCAGGCAGUCAUGUUACAAAGCUCUGAAAGCUUUGCAUGAUGGUAAGAAAAGUAAAGUUGAAAAUGCUCUGAAGUUAUGGUAUAUCUCUGUGGCAACACCAAUAACAUUCCAAAUGUAAAUACUGUAGUUUUUGCACACUGAAGUCCAAAAUUAAAUGUUUUGAGUUUCAUAAAGAUUGUAUGGACAGGCAUUGAUUGUAGAAAUGCUUUCUUUUAGGUGCUUAGUCAUAUUGCUAUGUAGGCUAAAUAUAGGACAAAUGGAAUAUUCACAACAUUACAAAUUUGCAUAUGUAACUUAAUGAAUAUAUUACCCAUAAUAAGACCUAAGAGCAGGGUUGGAAUUGUCUGCAUUAUUGUGCCUAUCUCCUCUUCUGUCCUUUAGUGUUUGCCCUUCGUAUGUCGGUAUCUCAUUUCGAUCACAUGCCUUUUGGACUUAUUGAGUGUUUUGUUGUCUAUGUUUGUCGUUUAUUCAUCUGUAUGUCAAAUGUUUGCGUACAGGUACGAUGGUGAAUACGCCACUCUGUCCAGGAUUUUGUUUUUGUUUGUCUGCAGCGCUUUGGGUGUGCACUUUGUGCGCUUUAUAAAUAAAAUGUGACUUGACUUGACAUUGACUGUUUUUCGCUGGGCUCAUCUUACUGUAAUAAACAUGCUGCAAUGCUGUUACUUUACAAUAAAUACACUUACAAACAA